AUGGCGACACUCUAUAUCUUGUACGGAUCUGCCACUGGAAAUGCCGAAGGGAUGAGUUUGGACUUGGCCGAGAAGACUUUGCCUGCUCAUUUUUCUUCCGUGGUUUGCCAGCCAUUAGACAGCUUUAAGAAAUACACCUCCGAAUGGUUCAAGCCACCUACGCACGGGAAGAAACAUGGUCUGAUCUUGAUUUCGUCCACUACAGGCAACGGGGACGCACCUGAAAAUGCCAGUCGGUUCAUCAGAUACAUCAAACGCAAGCAAACAAUUGAGUCCAAGCCCUUUGAACACUGCGUUUUCAGCGUAUUAGGUUUGGGCGAUACAAACUACGAUCAAUUCUGUAAUAUCGGAAAGAUUUUAGAUAAAAAAAUGGUCGAAGUUGGCGCCAUUCGUGCCAAACCUUUGGUAUGUGCUGACGAAGCCACGGGUUUGGAGGAAAGUGUAGAUCCAUUUUUGGAACAAGUUUUCGCAGAUAUUGAACGAGCUUGUAUCAAAGGAGAUGCUUCUUUUGCCACCAUGGGUGAAAUGAAAAAGAGUCAAGAAGCAGCACCACUGCCAACCAAAGCACUCGCUCCCGUGGCACCGGCACCCAUUCCAGCAACGACCGCUCCAGCUGCACCGAAAGAAAGUUCUCAUGUACCACUGCCUCCCGAAAAGGCGGAUUCUCCUCUUAUUAUUCUCUAUGGAUCCGCUACCGGAAAUGCAGAAUCCAUUGCGAAAGAUCUCGCAGAGACUUACGAGGGUAUUCUCAGUAACCCCGAUGCCAAAACCUAUUUUCCUUCCGUCGUUUGUAUGGAGGCCGAUCAAUUCAAGAAGAAGUGUCUCCCUACCUGGGAAACCAAUCCACCGGCUGGAACCAAACACGGGUUGAUUCUAGUGGCGUCCACCACGGGCAAUGGAGAUGCACCAGAAAAUUGUGGCCGAUUUGUCAGAUUUCUAAAGCGCAAAUCGAAUCUUGAAGCCCAGCCCUUGCGCAAUGUUGGAUUUGCCGUCCUGGGAUUGGGUGAUACCAAUUACGAUCAAUUCUGUCAUACGGGUAAAACUAUGGACAAGAAACUGGUGGAGUUGGGAGGAACCCGAGCCAUGGCAUUGGCUUGUGCAGAUGAAGCCACCGGUUUAGAGGACGUGGUGGAGCCAUGGACCCACAAGGUUCUCUUGGAAAUUACAAACACUUGUCGAGGAAGCGGGGCUGCUGCUGGUGCAAAUGUCACGGUAAAGGCAGCAUUCGAAAAUAUGCCACACACCUCGGUUUCACAGGAAUCGAACGAGGAGGAAAAGAAAAUGGAAAUUGUCGACAUGCCUAUCAACGAAGAAGCCAUGUCCAUUGGCCUCCGCACUGUCCGAUUUAUGAUGAACAUUCAACCCGGCAUGCCCAUGGAAAAAGUCGAAUUCUCGUGGCUUCCUUCCUUGCGAGCCAGUCGAUCCUCCUGCGAAUUGCUGGAUGACGAUUGUGACCAUCAAAUGGACGAUGACGCUUCUGUUUUGAGUACUGGAUCACAGACUUACACUAUGAGUCAUCCGUACAGUGCCGAAAUCAAGGCGGCCAGGUACCUCACAACGUCGUCUAUCGAAGGAGCAUCUCGUGCGUGCGAAAAGGUCGGAGCGCAGGGACUCACAUCUAAUCAAGCUGCUAUGUCGGCUCGUGAGGCGAUCGACAGCGAGUUCCCCCUUGACGGAGACAAUGUUGAUAUCGCUGAUCGAAACGCCAAGCGCGUGAUCGAAAUGUCUUUCUCGUUGCCAGAGGAUUCUACGUUGCAAUAUCAUCCUGGGGAUGCCGUAGGACUUAUUACUACCAACUCGCCAGCUGCAGUGUCAUUUGUGCUGAGCAUGUUGAAUGAAAAACAUGGACUUCGACCUGAGCAGAAAAUUUCCAUUGAUGCGAAUCUUCCAAUUACUAUUGAACAGGCUGUCCGAGAUUGCAUGGACUUGUGUUGCGUCCUCAAGAACAAGCGCAUCCUUUACACUUUGGCGCAAUGUGCGACUGAUGACGACGAAAAGAAUGCCCUCUUCAUGUUGUCAAGUAAGACGAGGGAGGGUACAGCUGCCUUUGAUGAAUACAUUGUGAAGCAACGGCGAUCCGCUGUGGACAUUCUGCAAGAAUUCCCAUCCUUGCAGAAUAUUACCUUGGAGGGCCUCCUCGGCGUGCUCCCCCCUAUUGCACCACGAUACUACUCAAUUUCGUCGAGUCCGCUCGAUAAAGAGCGUGGUAAAUCUUGCCUGACAGUGGCAUUCUCCGUCGUCGACUAUCUUACACCAUCGCUAGUGGUUGAUAACAAAGAAGUGGGCAAGAGAAGGGUACAAGGGGUUACCACUGGUUAUUUGGAAACCGUUUGUGCUCCCUUUUUGUGCAACUCUGGAAAACCAGUGGAAGUUCCAGAAAUAAAAAUGUUCCCAAAGCCAACCGCUGAAUUCCGCAUGCCUGCAGACCUUUCGAAACCCAUAGUCUUGAUUGGCCCUGGAACAGGUAUUGCUCCCUUUAUGGGAUUCCUUUCGCAUCGUCAUGUACUGGAAAAGUCCAUGGAUUCCUCGUCUACGCCAACCAAUGAGACUUCUUACCCGAUGGAAGAAGAAGACGGGAGUAAUGGUGUUACGCAUUUCCGCAGUCUACCACAUGUUGGGGAGGUUGACGUGUUCUUCGGCUGCAGACAUGCCGAACACGAUUGGUUGUACAAAGAAGAGCUCCAAUCUUUGCACCAAGGUGGGAUUAUUGCCAACCUUUAUACUGCUUUCUCUCGCGAUAACGGCAAAAAGGAAUACGUCCAAGAUGUCAUGACCAACAAUUUCGUUUGCCGAAAAAGACUCGUUGAUCUAAUCUUGAAGCAAUCGGCAUGUGUAUACAUAUGUGGAGACGGCAAUCGUAUGGCUCGUGAUGUGCAAGUAGCCUUGGCGACGAUUCUUGCUGCCGAAAUUGAAGGUGACAAGUCUGUCGAUAGUGGUAUGGCGCUUGUUCAAGAUUUGAAACAACAGGGUAGAUUGGUUCUGGAUAUUUGGAGCUAG